CGGGCUUGCAGUUACUACCUGCGAGCUACAGGCUACAGCUAUACCCCACUCCUUACACUACUCUUUCCAUUCCCUCUCUUCCCUUCUCUUUCACUCUUCUUCUUCUUCUCUCUUUAAUCUCUAUCCUCUCCGACCUACCAAAUAUGAUUCUCUCUCUGAUCAAAGAGAGAAAUGUAAUGGAGAUCGAGCUCAGAAGUGAAGAUUUAAAGAAGUAGCAGAACGGACUGAGUUUACUCUCCCAAUCUGGUUUAUAAAUUUUGGGAAUCGUUGGCGAUCUGGCUUCUCUGUUUCUUCAAGCAGAAUGGGGAAGAAAGGAAACUGGUUCACGACAGUGAAGAAAGUAUUCAAAUCGUCUCCUAAAGAUUUGGACAAGAAGAAACCGAUUCUGGUGGAGAAAUGGGAGCCCGCAGUGACUCCAGAUACAGUCUCAUUUGAGAAUUUUCCAACUGAAACUUCACCUGAUGAUGCUACAAAUUAUGAAAGCCCAUCAGAACAAUCUACAGUGACCACUGAAGACAGAAAUCACGCAAUUGCUGUAGCUGUUGCCACCGCUGCAGCGGCGGAAGCUGCCGUUGCAGCAGCUCAAGCUGCCGCCAAAGUUGUCCGAUUAGCAGGUUAUGGCCGCCUUUCCAAGGAAGAUAAAGCUGCCAUUCUCAUCCAAUCUUUUUACAGAGGCUACCUGGCCAGACGUGCUUUGAGGGCAUUAAAGGGACUGGUGAGGUUACAGGCCCUAGUGAGGGGUCACAAUGUGAGGAAGCAAGCCCAGAUGACAAUGAGGUGUAUGCAAGCAUUGGUACGUGUGCAGGCAAGAGUAAGAGCUAGAAGGCUUCAAUUGACCCAUGAGAAAUUACAGAGGACCAAGGAAGAUCAAGAUGAAGGAGAAGGUGAAGAAGGACAACAACAAUGGUUGAAGAACCAGAGCCCAUAUAUGUAUGCAACUAAGUCUGGGAGGGAAAGCAGUUGGGAUGGUAGGAACCAGAGCUUGGAGACCAUAAAGGAGAAAUCUCAGCGCAAAAGCGAUGCCACUUUUAGGAGAGAAAGAGCCCUUGCUUAUGCCUUCUCCUAUCAGCAACAGCAUCAGAAUGUUGCCAACUCUAGAUCCUACUCUGAGGAAUCUGAGAAGGCACAAUGGGGAUGGAAUUGGCUAGAGCGUUGGAUGGUAUCACAACCAUGGCACACACGCCAUUUGUCAGCACAGGAUGGUUCGUACGUCCCCCUACCCCACACCAAUACAGAUGACAUAUCCGAAAAGACGGUUGAGCUGGAUACGGUCACCCCUACUCGUGCGGAUCCAUCAAACAUGGGCCGAAAUGGGAGCCUAUUUGAUUCGGCCCAGUACCAGUCACGGCAGCAGCGCCAGACGGGCUCAGACAACAUCCCUAGCUACAUGGCCCCUACCCAAUCUGCAAAAGCUAAGUUACGCAGCCAGGGUCCAGUCAAGCAGCGGGUUAAUGUUGGACCCCAGUGGAACCCAUCAACUCGGGGUGGGUCUACUGCAACAUCGGGUUGUGAUUCGUCAAGUUCGGGUGGAGGAACAGUAGUAACCUAUCAGGCUCCAAGAAGCCCAAGCCCAAAAGCAAAUGGACUCCCCCCGCAGAUACGAAAGCAUGGUGGUUCUGGUCCGGAUUCAAGCGGCGGCGGUGAUGGCAACCGCGACUACCAUGUACUGCCUUUUGGCAAUAGGUACGACUUGGGAUCAUUUUGAGGGUUAAGGUAAUAACCAUUUGCGUAUUGUGAUAAUCCUUGUCUUCGUCUUCCAUUGCUCUUGAAGUCUUGAGUUUGCAGGUGGGCUUAGUGAAAUAUGUUGGUGGUGGACUGGGCUCAAUGGAUAGGCCCUUAAUCUUGGAAUUAUAUUGUUUCUUCCUCAAAAGUCUUAGAACUGGAUUUCGGCCUAAAUUGUUUUGGAUUGUGAUUGGACUACUUUCGUAAAAUAUUCUCAUAUUAUUAUGUUCCUCCACCUAUGUCUAGAUUUUACACCUUUUAUUGUAUAAAUGUCUAUAUUUUACAUUAUAACAUGUAUUAUAUGCAAUUGUGGGUGUUUAUAUUUAUGUUA